GUAAAACACUACAGCACUCCUGCUCGCGCGAUAUCGCUUAACUGUAAUGCCAUGGUCAUGACUGCCAGUCCGAUAUUGCUUUUAAAAAGAAAGAAAUAUUAAAGAAAUUAACUGACAUUUCAGACACAAUAUAGCCCCCCCAAAAAAUGUUUUUUUUAUUUGCCACAUUAACGAAAAUAGUUCCCAAACAAGCGACAGCUGGAUAGUGUUGCUUGUUGCCAUGCUAACGCACAGACUGACAGACAGCCCAUAAUAAGUGUAACAGUUUCAAAUGUAAGGAACUGUUGCUAGAAACGGACUUAUAUGUAGCUACUGUAACACAUAGACAACCCGAGUGAUGAUAUAUUAAAUAACAACACUCUUGGAACACCGCGAAUAAAAUGAGUGGACCGGAAGUAGCUGCUGUAUAAUGUUAUUUGUUUCCUACGAACGGAAACGUUUUAUAGUGAAGUGGAAAUGUUAGCGCAGCAAACCACCGCGUUAGAAAUGCGAAUGAGCGCAUAUAUUAAGUUUUACGGUAAUGCGCUUAUUUCAGUUCAUAUGCAGACACUGGAAAAGUUCACACGCAUAAUUUCUUAUUAAGUAAUAUUACUGUACGCAGCAUCUUUACCUGAAUGCGAUGCACGUUUUAUAAAUAUAUAAGUUUUCUUCUUUCUUCAACGAACAUUUCAGUUAUGUAAGCUUAUUUACAUUACAAUGGAGUAUUUAUUAAUUAUAAGAGCUCUGCUGCUCUUUAACAUGAAAUCAGUUACUGUGAGUUUUUUUUUUGAUGGAAGAAAUGUAAAAGCUCAGUUUCAAUAGACAAAAUAAACGGCAAUUUUUUCAAAGGACUUUCCAUUCACAAGUAUUACACAUGCAUGUAACAUAUAUGUAAUUAUUCAUAUAUGAAUGUGCAACGACGCUACGACUGUGUUGAUUAUUUACAGCAAUGUUUACGACAUCUGGCUGUAAUAUAAUAUAAAUAAAGUGGCGAAGGAGGAGGCUGGUUCUCUCUCACUUCAAGAGCAAUGACGUUGAGAAUAGAGAAUGUGUGUGUGUGUGUGUGUGUGUGUGUGUGUGCUGGCCAUCCUCCAGUCUGCUGUGCAGCCACAGGAAGACGAGAGCAGUUUAAGUGAACUUAUUUUUGGAUCAUCCACUGUCUACUUGAGAUGUGAUCAACUCGAUAAAAGGAAGGGGAAAGCUGUGGUGAACAUGGACUCCCUCCUGAAUGGAACGUGGGAGAAUACCAGUUUCAACAUAUCUCCUCCAUCUCUCUCCUCUUUCAAUGGGCUGAACCUUCUGAUGGAACUGAAGAUACUCUUUGUGCCUCUCUACUCCAUGCUAGUCCUAGUAGCCUGCUGUGGAAACCUCUUCCUCCUCUUCCUCAUUGGACUGAACAAGAAGCUUCACAGCACAACAAACUUCCUGAUUGGAAACCUGGCUCUGGCCGACUUAGUGAUGUGUCUUUUCUGUGUUCCCCUGACUGUGUUUUAUGCCUUCGAUGAGCGUGGCUGGAUUUUUGGGAAUUUCAUGUGCCGCUUCGUCUCCCUUAUGCAGACUGCGACUGUCUUCGCAGCAGUCCUGUCUCUGACAGCCAUAGCAGUGGACCGCUACAUUGUGGUUGCUUAUCCCAUUCGCCGACGUGUAGGGCGCCAUUUUUGCAUUCGCCUGGUGCUAAGCAUAUGGCUCUGUGCCCUGGUAAUGUCCAUCCCUGCUACCCUACACACUGUGUAUUUGGAUCUGAGUGCUGCCGGUCAUCACAUGGCCGUGUGUGAGGAGUUCUGGCAAGAGCAGGAGCUUGGUCGACUCAUCUACUCGUGCUUCUUUCUGCUCCUCUCCUAUUUUGUCCCUCUUGCAGCUGUGUCUAUAUCCUACUGUGCCAUUUCGUGCCACCUCCAGCACCGGGCCACACAAGGACUUAUAGCUGCCAUUGCCUCCAAUCAGGAGAAAUGGGGCCGCAAGAGGCGCAAGACAUUCCGCCUGCUGCUCAUAUCAGUGCUGUGUUUUGCAUUCUCCUGGCUCCCCUUGCAGGUGGUCAACCUCAUCCGUGACCUGGACACUGACUUUGUUAUCUUGAGCAAGAGUCAUGUCAAUGUGAUCCAGGUCUCGUGCCAUUUGUUAGCCAUGAGCUCUGCGUGCUUUAACCCUUUCAUCUAUGCUUCUCUGCAUGACAAGUUUUUGUCCUACUUGUGCCGCCACAUGUUCCAGAGGCGCAGACAAUCUCAGGCACAAAGCAGCUGCACCACCUCCAGCCGCUUACCCCGCCAACACACUAGCUCCACAGUGGCUGGCAUUCCCAUGGCAGUGACCAAGACACUACAAGAUAAUUAAUAAUUAAAUAAUAAUCAAGCUAAAUCAAUCACUUUAGCCAUCACCAUUAUGCAUUCUUCGAAAUGGUACAGCACUUUAACCCGUUCCCACCAUGUUUAUGUAAAUGUGUACUGCAUAAGGCUCUGUAGGGUGGAUUGUCCUGUAUAUGUUGUAUAUAUGGAUGCUGUGCAAAGCCUGCUGAAAAUAUUCUCAAAAUAGUAAUAGUAAAGAUUAAUAGUUAGCUAUCCUCUAUAUGUCAUUAACAUAAAGUAAUGCUGUGACUAUUUAAUAACACAUGGCUGUACUUUUUUUUUCACGUUUCAUUUGCAUGGCCAUUUUGUAUUGUUAUAAACUGUAAAUGUGUACAGGUGGUUGUAAUAUGGAAUUGUGUUAAUGCAUGUAUUGUGCAUAUAUUGCAUUAAAUUUGUUAAUUUCAUACUAAAUUCAGUAUAUACAGUAUGUACGCAGAAAAAAAGAAGAAAUGUCCCUUUUUCAGGAAAUUGUACUUUAAAGACACUUUUGUAAAAUCCAAAUAAGCUUUACAGAUCUUUAUUGGAAAGGGUUUAAACAAUGUUUUUCAUGCUUGUUCAAUGAACCAUGAACAAUUAUUGCACAUGCACCCGUGGAACUGUCCUUAAGACACUAAAGAAACCGUUUACAGGCGGUAGACAAUUAAGGUCACGGUUACAAUAACUUCGGCCACUAAAGAGACCUUUCUACUGACUCUGAAAAACACCAGAAGAAAGAUGCCUAGGGUUCCUAUUCACCUGCAUGAACAUGCCAUAGACCUGCUGCAGGGAGGCAUGAGGACUACAGAUGUGGCCAGAGCAAUAAACUGCAUUGUCUAUAAUGUAAGAUGCCUAAGACGGUGCUACAGGGAGACGGGAAGGAAAGCUGAUUUUCCUUGCAAUGGAAAAUUACAUGUAACUACGUGUCCCCCCAGACGUGAUCGAGAACGUGCAAAUGCCUUGGUGAAGAGUGGAGUAACAUCUCAUAGCAAGAACUGACCAAUCUGGUGCGUCCAUGAGGAUGAGAUGCACUGUAGUACUUAAAGCAGCUGGAGGCCACCAGAUACUGACUGUUACUUUUAAUAUUGGACCCCCCCCCCCCCCCCCCCCCCCCCUUUGUUCAGGGACUCAUUAUUUUAUUUCUGUUCGACAAAUGUCUGUGAAACUAGUUCACUUUAUGUCUCAGUUGUUGAAUGUUUUUAUGUUCAUACAAAUAUUUACACAUGUUCAGAAAUGUGCUGGAAAUAAAAGCAGUUGA